UUCCGAAGACGAAGAAGCCUCUUGCACUGUCCGUAGGCCGGUAACGUAUCCGGUAGUUGAGUUGUCCGGGAAACCCGCCAUGUACGAUUACUUGCCUUAAACGAACCUGCUGAGGAAAGACGCCUGUAUUUUUGAUUUAAUGUCUGACCUCCGGCUCGACUAGCGCAGCGAGACAGAUGACCAGCUAGCCGAGGACCAGUAACGUUAGCUAGCCGCGGGGUUCAUCUUUAACAGUCAAACGGACGUUAGCUAAACUCCGACAUGACCCAACAAGCUGCUGCUCUGCAGACCUACAACAAUGAACUUGUCAAAUGUAUUGAGGACCUGUGCUCCAAGCGGGACGAGCUGAACCGUCAGAUCAAGCAGGAGGAAGAGGAGAAGGAACGACUGCAGCACGACAUCCGCGUCCUCUCAGAGAAGCUGAGCAGAGUCAACGAGAGCCUGGCGCAACGACUCGCCGCCCGCGCCACCUUCGACCGCACCAUCGCUGAAACCGAGGCUGCAUACACCAAGAUCCUGGAGAGUUCCCAGUCUCUUCUAAAUGUCUUGAAGCAGGAGGCAGGAAACCUCAGUAAAGCCACAGAGCCACGGAGGAAGGAGCACUAAUGGCAAAUGAAAGGUUGCUCGUUUUGACCUCACACGUGACUCUGCACUUUCUAUGCAGUUUAUCCUCCACUCUGGACUAUUUAUAAUAUAUAUGACUGAUUUGUUGUAAAUUCUUUACUCCAAUAAACAUGUUUCUUAUCUUCA